ACCAUCAUCUCCACCUUCACCAACCAAAGGAAGCAAGGAAGGAGUUUGAGGGGAAAAAUGGAAGCGAAUUUCUGGGGAGAUAUGCCGGAGGAAGAGUAUUACACGUCGCAGGGCGUUCGCAACACCAAGUCUUACUUCGAGACGCCCAACGGCAAACUCUUCACUCAGAGCUUCCUCCCUUUGGAUAAAAAAGCGAAGGCCUCCGUCUACAUGACCCACGGCUAUGGCUCCGACACCGGCUGGCUCUUCCAGAAGAUUUGCAUCAGUUUUUCCACUUGGGGUUACGCUGUUUUCGCCGCCGAUCUCUUCGGUCAUGGCAGAUCCGAUGGUCUCCGUUGCUACUUAGGUGACAUGGAGAAAGUUGCAGCCACAUCCUUAUCAUUCUUCAAGCACGUCCGCAACAGUGACGAAUACAAAGACUUACCUGCAUUCCUCUUCGGUGAAUCCAUGGGAGGAGCAGCAACAAUGCUGAUGUACUUCCAAUCGGAGCCCGAAACUUGGACCGGUCUAAUAUUCUCGGCACCACUCUUCGUGAUGCCCGAGAAUAUGAAACCAAGUAAGGUCCAUUUGUUCAUGUAUGGUUUGCUCUUCGGACUAGCCGAUACAUGGGCGACAAUGCCGGACAACAAGAUGGUUGGGAAAGCAAUCAAAGACCCGGAAAAGCUUAAGAUCAUAGCGUCGAACCCGAGAAGAUACACCGGACCACCAAGGGUCGGAACCAUGAGAGAGCUGGCUCGGGUUUGCCAGUACAUUCAGGACAAUUUUUCGAAGGUGAAGGCGCCAUUCUUGACGGUCCAUGGGACGAGCGAUGGUGUAACAUGCCCAUCAUCUUCCCAAUUGUUGUAUGAGAAGGCAUCGACUGUUGACAAAACCUUGAAGAUCUAUGAAGGGAUGUAUCAUUCGUUGAUUCAAGGGGAGCCUGACGAGAAUGCCGAUCUUGUUUUGAAGGAUAUGAGGGAGUGGAUUGAUGAAAGGGUCGAGAGGUAUGGGUCUAAAUAAAGCGUGCUUUAAGUUAUUUGUGCCUGUAAUUGGGUCCCUAAUUGUUCUCACAGAAGGGGGGGAAAAGGUCUUUAAUAAUUGUGCAUUUGGUGGAUGAAUACGUGUCGAUUAAUUUGAGUUUUAAGGACAAAAACAAACAUAGAAAUCUCAAAACAUUAUUGUAUUGAAGAUGAUCAAUGGAAAAUUAAAUAUGGUUUGUCAUGAUAUUGUA